AACAACAACAACAACAACAACAACAUUUGGGUGCCUGCCGAGUGCUUUGAGUCGGGGACUCGGAGGAGUGAAAAGGGUUGUGUUUUGUUUGUGGGACAGCUCACUCAGGCCGCCUUCCCUUCGCCUUGUUUUGGGGACAGAGGCCUUUAUAUGUCCCUCCCCCGACCGACUCUAACAUAAUAAUGUCUCGGCUGCAGGGUCCUCCUCCCCGGGGAAGAAGGGAAGGAAGAGGAGGAGGAGAGGCUGCGACGACAAGGACAUAAUUCGGGCCCAAGAGGAGGAGGAGGAGGAGGAGGGGGCGGCCAUGGCGGAGACCGAGGCAGAGACCGGCGACGACGCCUCCUCCUUCUCCGUCCACGAAACUCGCUUCGAGGCCGCCGUGAAGGUGAUACAAAGCCUGCCCAAAAAUGGUUCAUUCCAGCCAACAAAUGAAAUGAUGCUCAAGUUCUACAGCUUUUACAAGCAAGCAACUCAAGGACCAUGUAAUAGUCCAAGACCUGGAUUUUGGGAUCCCAUUGGUAGAUACAAAUGGGAUGCAUGGAGUGCUUUAGGGGAUAUGCCGAAAGAAGAUGCUAUGAUUGCCUACGUUGAAGAAAUGAAAAAGAUUCUUGAAACUAUGCCAAUGACAGAUAAAGUUGAAGAACUACUACACGUCUUAGGUCCAUUUUAUGAAAUUGUAGAGGAUAAAAAGAAGAGAGGAUCUGACAUAAUAUCAGGUCACGGAAAUGCCAUAACAUCUAUGCCAACUGUAAAUGGCAAAUCUGAAAGCAGUGACAGUGGAGCAGAAUCAGAGGAAGAACCACAUCAAGAUGAAAUAAUAGAAUUACAAGAGAUUGGAAAAGACGGUGAGAGUGUGGAACAGGAUUCCACAAUUGAUAAGGAGCUGGACAGCGUUCUUGCCAAUGGCUGCUGUGAGGUGCCUGAUGUUAAUAUGCAGAAUGGCAUACAAACUAAAUCUGCUCUGAAUGGUGUAAAUAUGGAUGAAGAGAUAAAGAAGAAAGAGAAACGUCUGGAAUUACCUCUCAAAUCUAAUUUUGGUUCUCCUCCUCAAGGUAAUGACAUCAAGGAAGAUACUACUGAAGAGGUCCCUGGAAUUCAACAUUUGACUAGUGAUUCAGAUAGUGAAGUAUACUGUGACUCUAUGGAGCAGUUUGGCCAAGAAGAGAUAUUGGAUAUCAAUACAUCAGCAAAAGAAUUUUCAAAACAUCCAUUCCAUUUCUCAGAAGUAGAUCAAAGUCUGCUAGAAACAUCUGGUUUUCUGGACCUUGGAAACUACAAGGUAGAAGGUAUAAAGGAAGCUGCAUUUGAAGGAAAAGGUGAAGUUAAGUGUGGUGGUGAAGAUGGCAAGACAAGUGAUGGAGGCCCUCACAAAGAAAAAAAGAGUGGUGAAAAAGUUGACUUCUAUGGAAUCAGAAGAGGCCGAGGACAUAGAAUGCCCCCUUUGGGUGAUGGUGCCCAGGGUGGACAGAUGGGCAGUGGAGGAGAUGGAGAACGGUGGGGUUCAGACAGGGGGCCAAGGAGCAGCCUCAAUGAACAAAUCGCAAUAGUACUCAUACGAUUACAGGAAGAUAUGCAAAAUGUCCUACAGAGGCUACAUGCACUUGAGACACUGACGACUUCACAGCUUUGUUUGUAUUGCAGGCAAGAACCGGAUCCCUCCCUUCAAGUGAUCAGCCAGUUUCAUCUGUUAAGAGACCAGCUUGGUGGCCCUUUGAGAUUUCUCCUGGUACUUUGGCCUUUGCUAUUUUAUGGCCCUUUGUUGCGCAGUGGCUGGUACAUGUGUAUCUUCAAAGGAGAAGAAGAAAACAGAACUGAGGGCUCAAUUCCACAUUUUACUUAAGGACUGCUAAUGUUGGGAAACUCUGGAAACCUCUAAGAACAUCAGGCUCUGGGACAGUUAAAGCUUCCAUCUAGUUUUUUUUCUUUCCCCUUUGUACUUCCUGAGAUAACAUAUUUGAAUAACCCUUUUCUCUUAGUUUACAAAUGGAAUAAACACAGCUUUUCUCAGUGAGCAUUCA